AUGGACUCGUUUAAAGAUUUGUUAACAGACACAGUUGGUCAAAUCAAGCGCGCUAACGAAUAUUUUGCCGAGCAGCAGAUGAAAGAAAUUAAGAAACUAAAGUAUAACGAACCACGUAAGUUCAAGAAGAAGGCCAACGAAGACCAGUUUCAAAGGAUCCACAGUGCAGAAUUUUGCGGCCAUGUAGCGUACUAGGCCGGUAAGAAGAAGAAGACCACUCUUUCAACUCUCAGCAACAGAUCCUCGCCAGUGGGAACGCCGGCGUCCACCUCAAGUUCACAGAUGCAACCCCAGCCUCUUAUGUCAAACGUUCCUGUUUUUCGCCUUCUCGUCGACCCAGCGUCGGUACCUGUUUUGCCUGUGGAAAGCGCUCCUGUUACCCGACGAUGGACAAGCCAAACAUCCCAAACGGCUUCAUGAAGGACAACAAUCAGGUGCAGUCUAUUCUAGUUUAGUACUGAAUUUUUUAAGCGGCAAGGCGUAAUAUGGAUCAGGAUUGUCUCGAUGUUAUACCAGUUUCUUCUGGCUUUCACUCCGCCAGUUUUAGGCGCGGUUUAGAGCUCUGAGAGUACCGUUGAUAUUUCUAUUCUACCUUCAGUUUGGGGAAUAUUUUUCAUAGUGAUCUAUUUCUGGCAUACUUUGCUAGUUUCUCUGUUCAUUUUGAAUGUUAUUAGUCUAGUUACAAAAUUCCCUUCUUCCAGCUUUUUAUGUUUUUUUUUACUAUCCUACAAUGCCUCUGCACGUGUUUACAGUUCUUUUUGUCCGUAGCUGUUAAUGAGCUUCCCAGUCUCAACCUCCUUUCAGAAAUUUUUUUGCAUUCCAAUAUCAUUUACCCGCUUUCUGUUUGACCCGCCGCUCCGUCUAACAAAGGUUAUUCCUGGAUUUUAGGCACGUUUGCACCUUUUUCUACGAACAGAAAUUCAAGUGCGAAGACUUGUCCAUGGCCACUUAAAUUUUUGAGAUGGGGUUUUCUUUAUUUAUAUUUUAUCUCUAGUGCGGUUAUCGUAAUUUUCCCCGAUCACCGUUAUUUCCUUGCGUUCACCUGGGAUCUCGGCACCUGGAUUUUUAGGUAUUUUCUACUUUGCGCGCUUCCCUUUGGGUUCUUGUCAGCCUCCCUCAAACCGCUUCAGAAAUCAAGAAGAAGCCAAGGUAUCCCUAUUGCCAUUUUUCUUUACUAUGGUCUAGCUAUAGGAGGAGGAGCCUAUCGCGUUCAGGCCAAAAUUUACAGUUUGCGGGCUGUCCAUGCCGAUUUGCCUUAGUCUCGCUUUGUUCGAAUUCCUAAUGAGAAAAAGUCGCUGUGGGAGCCCGUUCAAAUUUUCUCGUGGCUUCGUGUUCAGAACACUCUCGUUGGAAGUAUUAGUGUCACGGAUGAACGCAUUGCUAAAUUGUCUCACGACCUGGUGGCUUUGUCUGCAUAUUAGUCUUCCACCACAGUCCAUGUUCUACGCGUCCCGUGUGUAGCUGGCCAAAGUAUUUCCCUCUCGAGUUGCGUGGGAUCCGUCGCGUGUAUCAUGGCCCGAUUUCUUUUCUCAGUUGUUUACUCAGUUGUUUCCUGGGAUAGGAUUAAAUUAACUGCAAAAACCGUGGACGUAGAUCCUGCUAGUUGUAAACGUUGGAUCUCUAGAAAAGAGAUCAAAUCAGCCAAAAUAUAAAGAACAAGAACGAGAAGUCCGAAGACUACAGCAAAGCUGAUUUAAAACAACGUGUAUUGUUUUUUUUAUAACAAUAUUUCGGCUGGCCAUACCAGCCUUCUUCAGGUUUACAGAUGUUACUGAACUUAUGUAGCAAUCACAAUAUUAUAUAGAUGGAGAAUGUAGCAAUAAAAGGGAGAGGCGGAAAUGACGUACAACAUAAAAACUGGAAAGGAAAAAUACUAAGGAUAUGGAUUACAAUAAUUCAUCACGGCGGUUUAGGCCAUGAUAUUCUGGGAUAGCUAGGUUUUCCUGUCCGUUGAUUCUUUGUAUGAAAUUGAAUUUUGGUCGAACAAUGUUAGCCUUUCAACGGCAAAAUUUAUUGAGGGGUUCCAGUUCGCUUCCAGUGAGAGUAAGCUCCGGCUUCUCCGAUGCUUCCUAUUCAGCCUGCGGCGCUUAAGAGGAGCCGGAACCUGAACUGAUUUUUCAUCAGGAUUGGUCGGAAAGUGUUCGUAGAUCGACUUGGAGAGAACUCAAAGCGGUUUGUCUUGCCUUACUAGCCUUCGGGAGCCCUUUACAUAAUCAGUCUUAGGUUUUUUGGUAUUCUGACAACCAUAACGUCUAAUCCAUUCUUCGCGACGGCAGCAGGAAACGCGACCUCCUGGAUUUAGCCCCAGUUGUUUUUCAAAUUUGCUCCCAUCAUUGUAUUUCGUUCGAGGUCAAGUGGAUCCCUAGGGACGUGAACGCCAGUGCGGACUGUAUCUGCAAACUCGUUGACUUCGAUGGUUACGGCCUCAACGAUUCCGUUUUUUUUCAAGGGCUAAAUCACCUCUUAGGUCCUUACACUAUUUACAGGUUCGCCAGUAGCUUCAACGGCGAGUUGCCUAGGCUUAACUCUCGAUUUUUUCAGCCAGGCUGUUAGGCUGUUUAUGCCUUCGCUCUAAAUUGGAGUUAGGACGACAACUGGCUUGGCCCACAGGUUUGCCUCAUUGUCAGAGUCAUCAGACACAUUGGGCUCUGCCGCGCUUACGGGAACCCUUGUUCCUCCCCUAUGGAAGUCAGCUAUUUUCUGGAAUGUUUCUACUAGAGAUGGAGUGCAUUGGAAUAGUUUUGUUGUCGACUGGGUUUUAUUGCCUAAGUUCCAGGGGUUAUUUGUUCCAGGGAAGGCCCGUUAUUCCCUUUUCAGAUCCAGGCCUUUAUUUUUUGGCGUCAUAGCGCUUCGAGUUUAUUUUCGGCGCCCCAGACCUCCCUCGUCCCUGGCGGGCUUCUGCUCUACGCCGCCUGACGGAAAGUGUUACCUGUGCCUCUACACGCGUGUUAUGCGUACCUUUAGGUUUGGACCCAUUAGGUUUUUGACCCCCCCCCCACUCUCCUCUCACUUCCCUUUUCCGGUGUUUUAAGCUCGUUUUUUUAAAUUCUUUUUUAUUUCGUGCUCCUCACAUUUUCUUCUUGUAUUUUCGAUUACUUUUCAGAUAUGUUCCGCUCUGGUUUAUAGCGCGGGCCCCAGAAUUUCCCACCAGAGGGUUGAAUACUGAGGCUGACAGACAGUCUACAAUGCAAUCGACGGUUCUCUCCUCAAAGGCCGUUAGUACGACAGUGGUGUACCUUCGUGCUUCUCGCAAGUGAAAAUGUUUUGCUGCCAGUAAGCUUCAUUCCUGGGCCUGUCCUGCCAGUCCCUGCCAUGUUGCCUUGUAUUUGCAACACCUCAUUGAAGAGUCGCACUCCCCGUGCGUCUUAGGCUCGGCUGUUUACGGUAGUAAAUGGGCUCAUACCAUGGCGGGUAUCCCCUCUCCCACGGAUAAACCGAUUAUUGAAGGGGUUAGAUGUGCUUCCAAAAGGAUUUUUGGUUUGAUGAGGUCUCCAUAAUUAGGGGGAAUUAUAUUUUCAUGAGGGUUUCAUGAUCAUUAAGGUUCUCAAAAGCAAGAACGACCAACUUUGUAAGGGCGAUGAAUCGGAGUGAUUUUUUCGGAAAUGUCUGGCCCUGCUUGUACCUUGCCCGUUUUUCCAUCCCUCUAGCUCCAGGGAUCUCAUUUUUAGGCCCAUGUCUCGCGGGAACAGCUCCUUUAAGUUAGUUUCCCAGGAGCUAUACCAGCUAUACCACAGCUAUACCAGCUAUACCACAAUUAGAGAGGCUUUUCGCAAGGACCUGAGAAGUUUCGGGGGUUGACCCUUCCACUUUUGGUUUUUUAUUCCUUGCGUUCGAGAGGGGCCACUUCCGCUGCUUAUAGUGGGGUUAGUGACAGUGUGUUUCAGUGGCUCGGCCGCUGGAAGUCCGUUCUAGCCAAGGACGUCUACCGAUGAUGACCUAGAAAAAAGGCUUUCAGUUUCUUGGGCUCUAGGAGCUUUCAUUUGUCAUUUCGCCCAAUACUUUGUCACUCUACGUACUUUGUAGGGUUGGUUCUCGCCAAGCCGUCCCAAAAUAAACUUAUUUGCCAUUACGUUUUGUCUGUUGAUGUUGUGUAGUGGAGUCAAAAUAUGUUAUUUCUGACGAAUGAGCCCGCGAAGAAGACAGAAAUAAAUAUUUUGACGGCACGAGAUACAACAGGGCCUGGGUACUAGGCCGGGUGCACCAUGGGUAGCCAUAUCGGGGGUAUAUAAGGCUGCGUAUAUCACGUGUACGUCAUCUAGGCUUACGAACCACCCUCUCUUUGGUUUUUCUUUAUUUUUGUUUUAUUUAUUUUUAGGAGCAACAUAUUCUCGAUGACAUUGUAAAGUCCCGUAGGAAGGGCUUUGAGCUUGAGCCUUGGUUCCUACCCAGAUUUCCUGCCCGCAUUUUUUCCCUUCGGGGUUUUUUUGGGCAGGUUUUU